CAAAUCCGCUCCCAGAAGUCUUGCUAUUAAAGAACCCCAAAGGACUCUAGACCCACACACCGCUCGAAUUCCCUACAAGAGACUCAGAUCCACAAUAUAUACAGCCAUGUUCAACAACAAGCAAAACACCAGCAGCACCGGCAGCAACAGCAGUGGCAACCCGGUCACCGACGCCGCCAAUAAAAUGGGCGAGAUGAAGAGCACGAAUCCCAUUCCACAGGAGAACCCCUCCAUAAUCUCCUCCGAAGGCGCCAUCGGCAAACACUUCAACCCCGAGGGCACAAUCGGCCAAAUCGGUGAGAAGAUUGGCGGCCCUUUCUCCAGCCAGGGCAUGAUCGGGAAGCAGUUCGAUGCCAGCAAAGACGGACUGGCAGGGCAUGUUGAGCGGGCUGUUGAUGGGCCGAGGAAUCCGGCUGGAAGUGGUAAGCAGUAGAAUAUGGGGAAGGAAAACUCAGUCUAGUAAGAUCUGACUGUAAAGCUCGUCCACAAUGGGGCAAUGGCGCUUGAAUAGCAAACGAGUUCAAAACAUACUGUAUAUAUAUUCAUUGAAGAACGAGAACAGUAAUAGCUUAUUGGUAUC